UCCCUGCAGGUUUCUUGGACGACUUACGGAAAGGGGCGGGAGUUUCUGGGAGCUCUGACCGGAAGCGGCGGCGGCGGAAAUUCCGACUGGAGCGGCUAGUUGUUGAGAGCCGGCGCAGGGAUGGGGGCGAGGGGCGAAGAGCUGGGAUGUGCCGUGGAGAUGCCUUCUGACCCGUCCGAGGGAAGUGUGGAAGCUAGUGCUGAGGAGGCAAACAGACAUAUCCUGCCUGUGGUGAUACUGCUUGGAUGGGCUGGCUGCAAAGAUCAAUAUCUCAAGAAGUACAGCACUAUCUACCUUAAGAAAGGGUGCAUAGUGAUCCGCUUCAUAGCUCCCUGGAGGUUGGUGUUCUUUUCAGAAUCCAUGGGUGUACGGUCUCUGCAGAACCUCGCUAAGAAGUUAUUGGAACUCCUCUUUGACUACAAGGUGGACAUGAAGCCUUUGCUUUUUCAUGUCUUCAGCAAUGGUGGUGUCAUGCUGUACCGAUACAUUGUGGAGCUGCUCCACACUCACCAGCAGUUCCGGCAUCUUCGAGUGGUGGGUACUGUGUUUGACAGUGCUCCUGGAAGGAAGAACUUAAGGGGUGGUCUCCGUGCCCUGUCAGUUGUCUUAGGAUCAACCAAUGUGUAUGUUAAGUACUUCCUCCUCCUGACAUUUACAGUCCUGGUUGUGACAUUGCGGAUCUUGCUAUAUCCUUUGACCCGCUUUAUACAUGAGAACCACUACGAUGCCAUGUUGAAGCAACCCUCUUCCUGGCCUGAGCUCUACUUGUACUCCAGCGCUGAUAAUGUUAUUGUUGCUAAUGAUGUGGAGACCAUGAUAAAGGCCCGGCAGCAACAACGGGUCCCUAUAAAGGCUGUGGACUUUAUGAACUCUGCUCACGUCAGCCACUUUCGGGCAUAUCCAUCCUUGUAUGUGAUUCAUUGCACCUCCUUUAUGUACAGUUGCUUACGUUUACUGAAGUGACAGAUGUGAAGCGAAAUCAAGCAUCUGCUGUCUCUGGAUGGAAGCAAAUGCUGCUCUGAAUAAAAAUCUGAUUCUGA